AUGGCGCCCGCCGGGGCACCUAAGUGCGCCUGCAUUGAUGGGGUGACUCUGACUCUCCCGGUGCAUCUCCAGAGAAGAGGAAUCGUCGUUUAUCAGGAUGGGUUUCAUACCGUUGUGCAGGCCGACUCUGGUCUGAGUGUGAGCUACGACCUGGCCCACAGCCUCUUUCUCAGCCUCCCUCCUGAGUACCGAGGCCAGACCUGUGGGCUGUGUGUGAACCUCAAUGGAGCGGCUGAAGAUGAUUUUGUGAUGCAGAACGUCUCCCAUGGGAAGGAGGCCUUCCACUUGGCUUUGGCUGGGAAGUCGGAGGAUGUCCCUGGCUGUGACGACGGCUGCCCUGAUUCCUGCCCUUUGUGUGAAGAUGAGGAAAGUCUGGUGCAGUCCAAGUCCCGGUGCUGGGUGAUCCAGAACCCUGAUGGGCCGUUCUCCUCUUGCCAUUCCCAGAUUGACCCAGGCCACUAUCUGUCUGAUUGUAUCUUUGACCUGUGUGUGUCAAGAGGGGAGAGCAGUGCCCUGUGCGAAUCCAUUCAGACAUACGCAGCCGCCUGCCAGAGAGCGAAUGUCUCCAUCUCACCUUGGAGGAACGAGACUUUCUGUGCUCCCUGUGUUCUGAAGGGUGUUUCUGUAAUGACGGGUACCUGCGGAGUGGCGAUCAGUGUGUCCUGCCAGGGCAUUGUGGCUGUGAGCAUGAUGGACGCUAUUAUGGGCUGUAACCCUGGCCAGCAGUGUGCGGUGAAGGAUGGGAAGCUGGGCUGCCAGAGUCAGCUAAGCACCUGCACGGUGACAGGGGACCCUCACUACUUCACCUUCGAUGGGGCUGUGGCCCAUUUCCAGGGCACGUGCGCCUACGAGAUCUCACACACCUGCAACUCCUCCCUCGACUUCUCCUUCCGGGUGGUGGCUGCAAACAGAAAUUUCCAGAAUCCCCGGGUCUCCUUCAUUUACCGAGUGGAACUUUGGCUCAGAACUGGCCAUUUUAAUUCCCAUGUCAUUCUGGAGCGAGGCAAAGACGUUCUGGUGAGUUGA